AUGCCCUCGCUGUCACUAUCAUCAUGUUCGUUUAGCCUCACGCCGCUACAAUCAAAAUUCCUCGCGUCCUUUUUUGCUACGACUUUGCUUGUGCUCGUGCUGUUCUUUGUGUCAAACCCGAGAUCAGCGUACUCGUUCGAUACCAGUAUACUGGAACUACAGGACCUUCAGGAAUUGAGGACGAGGGAUAAUGAGAUCGUUCGAGGGCUGGGGAACGGUGUUCCUGGACGGUAUAACCUCCAGUUUGGGGAAAUCAACUACUGGCUUUUGGAGCCGAACGAUCUCUACGGCUCGACUACCGCUAAGCGGGGCGCUGGAAGUGAAUUACGGAAGAGGGAUGGGGAGAAUGGGAACGAAAAACGACAAGACGACAAUGCCGUGGAGCUCUACAUCACGUUCAAUACAUGUCUACAGCCCCAACCAAAUCAGGACCUUCCGGAGUCGCAGCGCCCCAUAGCACCACCUCCAGAGCUCCAGGUUUUCAUGUCCAACACCGGCGAGAAUCAGGCCCCAGGGCCGGCAGUUACUGACAAGCCGCAGACCGUGAUACCGAUUAUUGGUGGUUUUGGAAAUCUCACAAUCACGACAUCCGGCUCGACGUGGAUUGGUGUCUACGCCCCUACUGUUGACGAUACCGACGAAUGGGUUGAUAUCUGGAACUACGAGAUUGUGCUCUCCACCACCAGGCCGUAUCACCAAUACAUCGAGGACCAAUUCCUCUAUCUUAUCGACACAGACGACAGCUCCGCGCUGCUCAUCACAGGGAACAUGACUACAACCUCCUCCCGCGAGGGCGGUUUUGACGAAGACGUAGACGGCGACGAGCUCAUGACCCGCACUCCUCCCUACAAAAUGUACGCGCAAAAUACCGGCGUGCAGUCCCGCUUCAAUGGGCUUGAGCGCUCUUACUGCGCCGUGAAGGGGCUCGCCCAAACCAGCACCUCCGACGUAUCCAUGACUCGCCGGGGGCUGGGUAACCUCCCCAAGGAGCAGUUCCACCUCCGGGAACUCAACAGCUCCUCUACAUAUAUUGGGUUCCUGACCCGCCCCGGCGGAAAUGGCUCAGACCCGGACGACACCUCGGGAACAGUCUGGCGUGCAAUGCGUAUUAACACCAAGGGCGACGGGAACUGCCAGAUUAUCUACAACCUCCCCUUCUGCAGCGAAGUCGCAUACGCAGUGCCCAGCAACCCCACCCUUUUCGGCAUCGAGCAGCUCACGUCCUUCUACGACAACAUCGCCGUAUCGUGGUACAAGAACUUUAGCUACUCGCUGCAGCAGGUUCCGUGCAAUGCCAGCAAGUCUUCGGCCUACUCGCUCGCACGCACAUGCGAUGACUGCGCCGCCGCGUACAAAAACUGGCUGUGCGCGGUGACCAUCCCGCGGUGCAUGGACUACUCAUCGACACUCCCAUACCUCGCUGAGCGCGCAUCAAAUGAGCUCUUCUAUAACGCCACCGACAAAGGCUUGCAGCUGCACCCAUAUUCGCCGACGCUAUCCCCGGCGUCGCUCGCCGCACACACAAACACGACUGGGACUAGCGUUGCCAGUCGAAAUAAACAGAUUGACCAGGUAAUACGGCCGGGCCCUUAUAAGGAGGUUAAGCCGUGCAUGGACCUGUGCUGGACGCUUGUGCAGAGCUGCCCAACGACGUUUGGCUUUUCGUGCCCGAACAUGAAGCAGGCGGGGGGCGAGCAGAGCUAUGGCGACCGGGACGGUGAUGGUGACGUCACCUGUAGUUAUUUGGGUGCGGUGUACUUCUUAAGUGCGGCCGGGAGAGGGUGGAGCGUGGGGCUGGGCGCAGCAGGGUGGGUGUUGUGGAUGGUUGUGUGGACGCUGGUGUGA